UGAAUGCCUCGCAAUGUGUAGGCGAUGGCUUAUUGUUUUUUAUGACAAGCUGCAGGACGCAAAAUAAAAACGGGCUUUUCUUUUAGUCGGUCCGCAGAACAGGCGUCAUUGAUUUUUUUGUUUGUUUGUUUGUUUGUCGUGCAGUUUUGGACAAAAUUUUAAUACUACGGUGAAACUUGCAAAAUAUCUCGGAAAAUCUGGUUCGUUCGGAGCUAACAGUUUUCCCCUCGUUUAUUGUUUUAACAUUGCUAUGAUGAAAUAUGACAUAUUUCUUGCCACAACCGGAAGCAUCUCGCAUGCUUGCCACUUCAUCCAUGUCGUCAGAGGAAGAUCCCUACGACACAGCUGAGAACUACUACGGCGAUGCGCGUAAAGUGAACAAACUCACCUCCCCAUUGGCUAGGGUCCGCACCUAUUCCGUGUUUGAAUCCAAAACCACCAGACAAGACUUUUUAAAGCAAUUAUUGGCAGAAGUGUCCCAUAACCCGCCACCACUGCCACACGUGGAACAUCCAGACACAAUUAGAGAAACGUCUGAACCGCCUUCUUCUGGAUCCUCAUCCGAAGUUCCAUCCAAAUCACCCACCCCACAAAUACAAUUCAAUACACCUGGAGAAAAAGCAUAUGAUCAUCGCAAGAUCCAGUUUGCAAUCCACGACUCUGAAGACGAGGAGGAUAGCGAAGAUGAAGAUCCCGUGUCUGCUCCUUCUAAUGGUGUGAUAAAGGAUGACGAUGCUCCACCACUAAGUUCUACAACUCCUCCUAUUGCCCAAGUACACCAUGCACCUCUCACAUCCCCUGCUCUUAUGACUGCCAACAUUGACGCCCAUCGUAAUGCAGAACCCACCCAUGCACCACCACCAGUAUCGCCACGAGUUAGACGAGGUGGCGCCACUGGUCUUCACGACAUUGUUCCUGUUGAUGAGAUGGAAUCUGAAGAUCUUCCUCCUAACAUUAAAGUUCCUGACUUUUCUGGUCUCACCCGUAAACCAUCCAUUAUUGCCAUUUACCAAGAUAAUUCCUCCCUGGAAUCAGUCUACGAUAAAGCAGAAAAAAACAAGAGGCGCUAUAGACGUCAAUCGGUUGAUGACACCACGAUCAGGCCUAAAAAGUUUUAUAUUCCUGAUGUGGAAGACACAUUAAAGGAGUUGUUGGCUAAUGAAGAUACUGAUGGUAAUUGCCAAAUUACAAUUGAAGAUUCCGGUCCAAAGAUGUUGAGAUUGGGUACGGCUAAUUCCAACGGGUACUACCAAUCUUCAGUUAGAGGUACUUAUAUGUUGAGUAACUUGUUACAAGAACUAACCAUUGCUAGUCGAUUCGGGAGAAGACAGAUUCUCUUGGAUGAGGCUAGAUUGAAUGAAAACCCAUUGAAUAGAAUGAAGAGGUUUAUAUCAACUGCAUUCUGGAAAGCUUUGACCAGAAAGAUAACCAAGGAAAAUGUUACUGAAAUGUCUGCAGAUACCAAGAUUUUGGAAACUUGGAUAGAUGACGAUGGCGUGUUACAUAAAGAUGAACCCUCUCAUCGUAUUUACGUUCCUUAUAAUCGUGCUGAUCAAUAUGAAUUUUUCAAGCGAAUUCAAAAGGACCACAAGAACCUUGAUGUUCAAUACUUGCCCAAGGUAAUUGAUGCUCAAUAUAUCAAAUCCAUCAACAAAAAGCCUGGUCUUUUGGCUCUUGCCACUAGACCUGAUCCUGACGACCCCGAAAAUUUGCUUAGUUGGCCGUAUGUUGUUCCUGGUGGUAGAUUUAACGAAUUGUAUGGUUGGGAUUCAUAUAUGGAAACUUUGGGUCUUUUAACUGAUGUCACCCCAGGUCGCCGGGAACAUUUGGAAUUGGCUCGAGGCAUGGCAGAAAACUUUAUUUAUGAAAUCCAACACUAUGGUAAGAUUCUUAAUGCUAAUAGAUCUUAUUAUUUGGGUAGAUCGCAACCUCCAUUCUUGACUGAUAUGGCAUUGCGUAUAUUCAACAAGACGAUUGAGAUUGCCCCGGAUGAAAUUGACGAUGCUACUGAUUUCCUUAAACGGUCGACCUUGGCUGCCAUUCAAGAAUACGAAACGGUUUGGUGUUGCAAACCAAGAUUGGAUGAGCGUACAGGACUUUCCUGUUAUCACCCCGAUGGUGUUGGUGUGCCACCUGAAACUGAAGCUACUCAUUUUGAUGCUGUUUUAAAGCCAUUCCUUGAAAAACACAAGCUUUCUCGUGAUGAAUUUAUUGAAAAGUAUAACGAUGGAAUAAUCAAGGAGCCUUAUUUAGAUGAAUAUUUCUUGCACGACAGAGCUGUGAGAGAAUCUGGUCACGAUACUUCAUACCGUUUGGAAGGUAAAUGUGCUUAUUUGGCCACGGUUGAUUUAAAUUCUUUGCUUUAUAAAUACGAAAAUGACAUUGCUUUCAUUUUGGCUAAUUUCUUCCACGACAACUUGGAGGAUUAUGAUGGUACCAUUCACACAUCGCCAAUUUGGAAGGAGCGCGCCAAGCAAAGAAGAAUUAAUGUUGACAAGUAUUUGUGGAAUGAAGAGGAUUCCAUUUACUACGACUACAAUGUCCACGACCAAGAACAGACCCGGUAUGAAUCAGCCACUACUUUCUGGCCCUUGUAUGCUGAGUUAUCUCUGCCUGAGCAAGCCGAAGCCCUUAUUCGUAACUCAUUGUCUAAAUUUGAAGAGCAUGGUGGUUUAGCUUCGGGUACUUUGAAAUCCCGUGGGGAGGUUGGCUUGACUCGUCCUUCCAGACAAUGGGAUUAUCCAUUUGGAUGGGCGCCACAACAAAUCUUGGCCUGGAUUGGGUUGGUCAAUUAUGGGUACGACGGUGUUGCCAGGAGAUUAGCAUACAGAUGGUUAUUCAUGAUGACGAAAUCGUUUGUCGAUUACAAUGGGGUGGUUGUUGAAAAGUACAAUGUUACUAAAGGUGCUGUUCCACACAGAGUUGAUGCCGAGUACGGUAAUCAAGGGUUGGAUUUUAAGGGGGUUGCCACGGAAGGGUUCGGUUGGGUCAAUGCCAGUUAUUUAUUUGGAUUGCAGUUUUUGAAUCUUUACGCUCAACGUGCCUUGGGGACGUUGACUCCACCAAAGGUAUUUUUAAGAAAUAUGCAUCCAAGUCAUAUCAAGGAAUUUCAAUAGAGAUUUUCACAUACUACUACCAGUACUACCACCAGCGCUACCACCAGCACUACCACCAGUACUACUACCAGUACUACUGCUAUAGCAGCAGUAGUAGUCAUUAAUAGGUUUUAUUUGCCUAUGUUUGCAUUUUGUUGAAUCUAGUUAUAUAGUGUUUAUUGUUAUUGAUACUUAAUUAGAAUGUAUUUGUAUUAUUCAAAUAGUUUCAGGCCCAUUGGAUAUGCGAUGUUGCAUUUGCCCACCGAGUCCGAGCGC